AUGCUUGACCACCUUCUUUUAAAAGUUCAGCUGCAAUUCCAUCAGCACUGCUGUUACUACUCAACACUUUUACUUCUACUAUUACUACUGCUAUUAUUACUACUGUGCUACUCCUAUUACUCUGAUCACGCUAACUGUUGCUUUGUAUUUGACUUUCAAGACAGCACUUCAACAACAAAGAUGGACUGUCUCAAGCACCUACUGUUGCUGGCUGUGUAUUGUUGCAAGCUUCAGACGUCACACGCCAACACUGUGUACAUUUUUAAUGUUGAUGAACCAAAGGCGUGUGGUUCAGUAGCCAAUAACAUUACCAUUGCCGUCAACUCCAGCAUCCAUGAGAUCGACGCCAAGUAUCUGAGUGUUGCGCUCGGCUCCAAACGUGUGGGAAUUAACUUUUUAGGGUCGCAGAAAAUGAUUAACUUGGCAGCAGCACUGGCACCCCUUGAGCUUCGGCUUGGAGGCACAUCCGCAAACUUCAUGACCUACUAUCCAGCUGCAAGUUCGCAUGGGACACCCAAUAACUGUAAUAUCGACGAGGACGUUGAUGAGGAUGAUGAAUCCAUGCUUGAGGACACAGCUUUUUACCUUACAGCAUACACGUGGGGAUCUUUCACGUCAUUCCUGAAGAAAGCCAACUGGGAUCUGUUGUUCGACGUCAACAACUUCAAGUGGACACCGUCUGGGACCUGGGAUACAACAAACUUGGAACAGCUUCUCAAUGACUCAUCGGCUAAAGGGAUCAAUAUUUCACACUUCCAGUUAGGCAAUGAGCCAAAUGCUUACAAGGGCAACUUCGGCUUUACCAUUGAAUCCGAAACUCUGGCCGCCAACUUCAAGACACUGAAGGCAGUUAUCUCCAAAUAUCCGCUGUAUGCGUCCAGCAAAAUAUGCGGCCCUGAUGUUGCUAAUGUCGAAUUCACUGGCAAUUCAGUGGGCUAUUUAACAGGGUUCCUCAAUGCUGGAGCAUAUGACGUCAUCGACGAGAUCUGUCUUCAUCACUACUACUUUGGCGGGAGAGAUGCAAAACUAGCCGAUUAUCUCAGCACUACUCACAUGGAUAGACUGAAGCUGUUGUACCAGGCAACCACACAAAUAACUAACGCCACCCCUCGACCUAGGCCCGUCCAGCUGACGGAAACAGCCGCAAGCUAUGGAGGUGGUACCGUCGGCAUGUCUGAUGCUUACGCGGGUGGCUUCUUGUGGUUGGAUAAACUGGGACUUUCCGCCAAGAUGAAAGCUACAAGAAUAUUUCGCCAGGCAUUAAUAGGUGCAUCAUAUGGACUCGUGACUUCUUCAUUUGAUCCUAACCCUGACUACUACCUGUCUCUCGUCUUCAAAACGCUGGUGGAGGGACCUGUGUUUGACGUCACGGUGGGGACAAAGAACGACAAGCUGCGACUGUAUGCCAACUGUGCCAGUAACAGGAGAUACAGCCCAGGAGCGUUGGUCGUCUACUAUCUGAACGUGGCAGACACAGAUGCUGUCCUGUCCCUGUCCCAGUUUCCUGACGCUAACCUGGACCUCUACAUGCUAUCAGGUGGGGAUGAGGGACUGCUAUCCAGAUCCGUGAAAUUGAACGGCAACAAGCUAGUCAUGACCGGCAACGAGCUGCCCGCACUGACGGCCAAAGCCCACACCGGUGACGUCACUGUUGAAGCCCAGACGUUUGGCUUCAUAGUUGUCCCUACCGCCGGUGUAGAAUUCUGCGUAAACUACUUCGCAAAGCUGGAUUCCAGUAGCCAGGACAAAUAG